AUGUUUAUGAAAAACGAAGAACUAUUGAAAGAACUAAAAAAAAAGAUACUAAAAGGGGAAAUCGAAAUUAAGGGAAAUAGUUUGGUAAGUGGAGAACACAAGUUAAACCUUACUAAAUUGGUUAAACUUAAUGAAUUAAAAGAAAAGAGAAGCAAGAUUAUAACAAAGCAACUUGAAUUAUUCAAAGAAUAUCAAGAGGAAAACGAACAGUCCGAAGGUUAUAUGAAUUGUCCGAAAGAUGCUUGUAUGUAUG